AUGACGACUACCCAGAUACUAUACCCGCCUCUCGCGGCCAUCACGCCCACAGACCAGCGCGGAGUCCUCUGGAUCAUCGGGAUAAUAUGUCUGGCCUUCAUCUACCUCACCCUCGCACUCAGAGUGUUUGUCCGGUGGCGGCGAUUCCAACCCGAUGACUAUGCGAUUAUUGCGGCCUGCGUUCUGGUCGUCGCCGAGGCAAGCGUUGCAUUCGCGGCGGUGGGCUUGGGUCUCGGAUCAUCGAAACUGAACGGCGAGAGCAGUAGGGAAAGCACGGUAUGGAGGCUUUUUAUCGCAAGCGAAGCAAUCUUUGUAAUUGCCACAUUUACGGCCAAGGCAGCGGUGCUCUUGACGGUCGAGAAGCUUCUGGCCAGAGACAUGAGAGAGCGCACGAUUUUUCAGUACACGCUGGUCGCCGUGGGCGUGUUGGGUCUGGCUUCGGUGCUUACUGUUACCAUCGAUUGCGCUGGUCAGACCUGCAAUCAGCAACCACGUUGGAUCGCUGUAGCUCUGAUGGACUCGGUCAGCGAGAUCUGGGGCUUCUCGUUGUUUUGCUGGGUGGUGUUUUCACUCCAGAUGAAGUUUACAUUCAAGUUUACUUCGGCCGCGAUUCUAGGCUUGCGAUUAUUCUGCGUGGCAUUUGCGGGCGUGCACGCCUACUAUGUCUCGAUCUAUGAGCAGGCCGAUGAUCCUGCCGUCAAUGUGAUAACACCGCUAUCAUGGCAGCAGCUUGCUCUGACCUGGUCUCUGCUCUCCGCAAUGGCAGUCGCAUUGAGACCAUUCAUCCGUGAAAUGCACACGGGAAUGGGUAUGGAUCUUGCAAAUGUAGGCGAGGGCUCAUACGCACGGAGCAAGAAGUACACGAACAACGAAUACAAGAUGCAAGAACUAUCGAAGAACUCCAACAGGCAGGUCAAAGUCGCACAGGAGAACGACAGCAGCGAAAGUAACCCAUAUCGAGCGGAUGAUAUCCACUACUCGGCAGCGAUUUAUCACGAAGACAGGAAACCUAGCAGCGCCAGUGCGCGGUCACAGGAGCCCAUGAUAAGACGAGAGGUGGAGUAUACAGUCACGUAUCAGGCACAGGAUUGA